UAUGGUAUAUGGUAUUAUUAAAAUUUUGUUUUAGGGCAUGUAGACAGUCCACUCUCCAAGACUAUGAUCAAUUAUUGGCUCAAGUGGUUUAGAAAUUUCUUAAGCUUUCCGGAAGCACGCAGGUUUUGCAUGAUCAUAGUUUUGAGACCCACAAGAAAGCUGGUGAUGAAUGUCAUUAGAUCAUGUAUAUCUUCAACCCCAGUCCAAUCUGUAGGGUGGGACAUAUAUCCCUAUCCGUAUUACAUGAUACAUGAAGAACGACACAUUUCCAUCCUAAUAUUUAAUAUCUGAUACAUGAAGAAGUAAGAAUUUCUACCCUUUCCUUAUUUUAGUGAAUCUAGAGAGGACAGCAGGUCGUGUUAGAUUAAUUACUUACGAUACAGAUUUUUAACAUAUCAAUCCAUUAAUUAGGCCGGAUCAUGAGCCAAUUGGUAAAAUUACCCUGCCCAUCAUAGUUAAAUUACCCUGCCCAUCAUAGUUGGUCAAACAAGACCGAACUGAUCCUAUUGGCUCAUGAUCCAUCCGGCCUAAUUCUAAAAAGAUUGGGCAUGAUUUGAAGUUUAGCAUGCUUUGAAAACAAGUUUCAUUUUACUUUUUUCCUUUUGCUUUUGACUCUUGCCACAGGUUUUGAAGCUUUAUUUAUUUGGAUCAUGAUACAAUAUGGAGACCCAAACGUCAGACUGAAAAUAUUAGUGUUAUUACGUACCUGGCCCUUCUCUCAGCCGCUGAAGCAGAACAUAAUACGCUUCCUACCAGACAAGAGACCGCCUUGUCAAUCUCCGUAUGCGGAUCCAUCUAAGAAAUAAAUCAUCUUCAGCCAACUCAGCCUUUGGCGCAUCACAAAAUACUAAGGAACAUUCUGUCCAUAAUUCUAAGAAUGUCAAAGCCUGGGAGUUUAUAUAUAUAUGGGCAAUCAAGUUUUACAAUGGACAUAUUAUUGGAUAGCAAAAUGAAGCCACAUUUACCUCUUGUAUCUCUUCUUCUAGUUCUAGGUUUUGUUUUUGCAGAAAUUACAGCAGCUGAUGGGCAAUACUUGAUCGGAGUGGGAAGCUAUGACAUGACAGGUCCAGCUGCUGGGGUGAAUAUGAUGGGCUAUGCGAACCUGGAGCAAAAUUCUGCAGGAAUUCAUUUCAGAUUAAGAGCUAGGACUUUUAUUGUGGCGGAAAGUUCCCAGGGAAGAAGAUUUGCUUUUGUGAAUCUUGACGCUGGCAUGGCUUCACAACUUGUCACCAUUAAAGUGCUUGAGAAACUCAAGUCAAGGUAUGGAAACUUGUACACCGAAGAGAACGUAGCAAUUAGUGGCAUCCAUACACAUGCCGGGCCUGGGGGUUAUUUGCAGUACUUGAUUUACUCAAUAACUUCUCUCGGGUUCGUCCAGCAAUCUUUUGACGCCAUCGUCACAGCAAUUGAACAGAGCAUUGUAAUGGCUCAUAACAGCCUCAAACCUGGUUCAAUUUUGAUGAAUACAGGGGAGGUAGAAAAUGCUGGAAUAAACAGGAGUCCAAGUGCGUAUCUGCUUAACCCCGCGGAGGAAAGGGCUCGGUACUCAGCCAACGUCGAUAAAGAAAUGACCCUUUUGAAGUUCGUCGAUGAUGCCAGUGGGAAAAGCAUAGGAGCCUUUAGUUGGUAUGCAACGCAUGGGACCUCCAUGUCCAGAGACAACAAGCUCAUUAGUGGAGACAACAAAGGUGCUGCAGCUAGGUUCUUUGAAGACUGGUUCACUUCCAGUUCCACCAACAAAUCUUCAGCCACAUCAACCAAAUCUUCCACCACAUCAGAAAUUAGGACGCUGAUAAAGAAAGCGCAAACAAUCAAAGCCACUGGAGGAACAACAUGUGGUAAAACAACCAGCCAAGGCUUCAAGGUAAGGAAGAACGAUGGGUCUUUAUUUGUAGGAGCAUUUUGCCAAUCAAAUGUUGGAGACGUGACGCCAAAUGUGCUAGGAGCAUUUUGUACUGAUAGUGGAAAGCCUUGUGACUUCAAUCACUCUUCAUGCCAUGGCAAUGACAUGCUUUGCAUAGGACGCGGCCCCGGGUACCCAGAUGAAAUAUUAAGCACAAAGAUCAUAGGAGAAAGACAAUUCCAGAAGGCUUCAGAUUUAUUCAAGUCUGCAACAGAGCGACUGAGUGGAAAGCUUGAUUAUCGACAUGCGUAUGUAAAUUUUACGAAUAUUGAGGUGGAAUUAGAUGGAAACAACAGAGUCAGAACUUGCCCUGCAGCUCUUGGCCCUGGUUUUGCUGCUGGAACUACAGAUGGCCCUGGGGUUUUUGGUUUUCAACAAGGUGACACAAAGAUCAAUGAGUUGUGGAAAAAUUUAAGGGAUUUCCUGCAAAAGCCAAGCCAAUAUCAGGAAGAAUGCCAAAAGCCCAAAGCUGUUCUGCUUUCUUCAGGCGAAAUGUUUAAGCCUUAUGCAUGGGCGCCAGCAAUUCUUCCUAUCCAAAUCUUGAGGUUGGGGAGAUUGAUCAUACUUUCUGUACCCGGAGAGUUCACAACCAUGGCCGGUCGACGCCUGAGAGAGGCGGUUAAGAACACAUUGAUAACUAACGGAAAUGGCGAAUUCGAUAUUAACACCCACGUCGUAAUAGCAGGCCUUACAAACACUUAUUCGCAGUACAUCACCACCUUCGAAGAGUACGCACAUCAACGAUAUGAGGCUGCUUCAACGCUCUAUGGCCCCUAUACAUUAACAGCAUACAUGCAAGAAUUCAAUGAAUUAGCAAUAGCAAUGGCGAAAGGAGAACCAAACACAAAGGGCCCGUCGCCACCAGAUCUUUCAUCCGUACAAAUCAGCUACUUAAUUAACCCUAUUGGAGACUCCCCUCCUCUUGGCGUAAAGUUUGGCGACAUAAAGCAAGACAUUGUUCAACCAAAGACUGGCUCCUUUCAGAAGGGCGACAAACCAAGUGCCACAUUCUGGAGCGCCGACCCCAGAUACGAUCUGUUAACUGAAGGCACGUACGCUGUGGUAGAGAUGCUUCAAGGGAAGAGGUGGGUUCCGGUUUAUGAUGAUGAUGAUUUCAGCUUGUUUUUCAAGUGGUCUUUGGACAAUGUUACUUUCAAUGGCUUGGCGACCAUUGAAUGGGAAGUGCCACCAGAGGCUAGCUCUGGGGUUUUCCGGCUAAGGCAUUUCGGGUCAUCUAAGAAAACGAAAGACUCUCCAAAUGUAUACUUCACUGGUGCGUGUAGUGCAUUUACUGUGUCAUAGAUGAGUUUAUGUGCUAUUUCAAGCUUGUAAUGAAAAACAGUGAGUCCGGUAGACUCAUUAAUUGAAGAAUGAAAUCUAAUCCAGGACUUAUAUGA